ACAGGUAGGUAUAUGAGUAUGUCAUUUUGGUGGCCUGAUACGAGAAUUCCAGCCAAGUUCAAAUCAGGACUGCCAACGCACGGUCAGCGCUGAUCAGUGCCGAGUCCGGCAGUGGCGCGAUCAGUCGAUCUUCCUUCUGUACAGUGGUACUAGAAUUAGAAGUUAACCUUUAGUGAGAUAAGUUCUGCUUGAAUACUGUGCGGGUGAAUUGGUGGUGCAGUUCCAGUGAGAUAAGAAAAAAAAAUGCCGGAGUACGAGUACCUCUCCGGUUUCGGGUCACACUUCUCCUCGGAGGACUCCCGCUGCCCGAACGCUCUUCCAGAGGGUCAAAACUCCCCGCAAAAGUGCGCCUACGGUCUGUACGCCGAACAGCUCUCCGGUAGUGCCUUCACGGCUCCCCGUACCGAAAACGUCCGCAGCUGGCUGUACCGAGUACGCCCAUCGGUUAUCCACCAACCGUUCGAGCGGUACGAUGUCGCUCCGUACUUGCGCGCCAAAUGGGACGAACAGCACCCGAACCCGAACCAGAUGCGCUGGAAUCCGUUCGACGUGCCCUCCGAAAAGGUGGACUUUGUGGCUGGAUUGCACACGGUUUGCGGUGCCGGCGAUACCCGGAGCCGACACGGAUUGGCCGUGCACGUGUACUUGUGCAACAGCUCGAUGGAGAACCAGGCGAUGUACAACAGCGACGGAGAUUUCUUGAUCGUUCCCCAGCAGGGUUCGCUGGACAUAACAACCGAGUUCGGGAAGAUGUACGUUCAACCGAACGAGAUUUGCGUGAUCCCGCAGGGUAUCCGGUUCAGCGUAGCCGUUGAAGGUCCCACCCGAGGAUACAUUCUGGAGGUCUACGAUGGCCACUUCAAGCUGCCGGAUCUGGGACCUAUCGGAGCGAACGGGUUGGCGAACCCACGUGAUUUCCUAACUCCGACAGCAUGGUUCGAAGAUCGUGAAGUCCAGGGAUUCAAGAUGGUGUCCAAGUAUCAGGGAGCGCUGUUCGUGGCAACUCAAAACCAUUCGCCGUUCGAUGUGGUGGCGUGGCACGGAAACUACGUCCCGUACAAGUACGAUCUGGCCAAGUUCAUGGUGAUCAAUUCGGUCAGCUUCGAUCAUUGCGAUCCGAGUAUUUUCACGGUGUUGACGUGUCCGAGCAAUCGGUACGGGACGGCCAUUGCUGAUUUUGUUAUUUUUCCGCCGAGGUGGUCGGUUCAGGAGCACACUUUCAGACCUCCUUACUACCAUCGCAACUGCAUGAGCGAAUUCAUGGGUCUGAUUUUCGGUCGCUACGAAGCCAAGGAGGGCGGCUUCCUGCCGGGAGGCGCAUCCCUCCAUUCCAUGAUGACUCCGCACGGUCCGGACAGGAAGUGCUUCGAGGGUGCCUCCAAUGCGGAACUCAAGCCCGAGCGUAUCGCUGACGGAACGCAGGCCUUCAUGUUCGAAUCGUCGCUGAGUAUGGCCGUGACCAAGUGGGGCGAGGAAACGUGCCAGAAGCUGGACGCGAAAUACUACGAAUGCUGGCAAGCGCUGGAGAAGAAAUUCAAGAUUUGAACUGCUCCUGGGAUCAAGGAUUUCGGCCUAGGGUAACAUUCACGGUACUGAUUUCUCAAGGACAAAAAUCGAAUUUAAUUCUCUGUCUCACUUUUUCGUUCAGUUUUGUUUUGUUGAAGCAAAUUUAUAAAAUUUAUCUUUUUAUAUUUUUUUUUCUUGUUUUUGCGGUAUCUCUUGAUUCGCUGUUAAUACUUAAGAGUUUUAUCACACAGUUUUUUUGUGUGUGUGAAAGAGCGUUUGUUUUCAUGGUAGUUUACUUUAAAAUUACAUUGUUCUACGUUAAGAGUACACUUCCGCCACGUGCGGUUCGUUUAGUUUUUAGUUUGUCGCGUCUCGUUACCAUUUGAACUAUAAUCUCAAGAACGGUUUACUUUUUAAUUAUAAUUAUUAAUCCAUAGCAUUUAGAUAUUCUAAUCACUUUUGUCUUGUAUUUUGUUUUAUUUGUUAAAGAUCAAUUCAAUCAGCAAUAUGGUGUUUAUUAAUAAUCACACAUCCUUAAAGUUCUGCAAUCUUUCGAUAAGUUUGUUUUUUUACUAGUAUUUGAUUAUAUUACACUUAGAAUUAGCAUCUGUGAGAAAAAUAAAGCCUUGGUUUCGUGCAUUUCCGAAUUUCGCAUCUUUAGUAUAUUCAUUAAUUUUCACACCACAGGUUCAAUUUGUUGUAGACUACUAUGCAAAAAUUGAGGAACAGAAAGCGCAUUAUCGUGUAAAACAAUUUCCAACAUUUAAAAAAUUUGCGUUUGUACACACCAAAAACGAAGUUCGCUGUUGAGAUUUCUAUUGGAAAAUAAUUAGAAUUUAUCGAAUUUUAUAGAUUUUGUGAGUUUGACUCAAUUUCGAGAAGUGUAUUCCCCUAAACUGAAAAUCUAAAAAAUCUUUUCUUGCUCGCACCGAACUUGCUCCUCAUACAGUCCUGUGUGUAUAGUACUCUCUCUAGUGUGGGUUUUAUCAUUUUCGCUUUUGAAGCUAUACCGCCAGUUAUUCCUCUUCCUAGUGUUCCAGCCUCAAUGCACAAUAUAUAAAUCCGUUUACAAAUGUUUUUGUAGAAAAAUAAACUGACUUUUCAUCUUAGUUGUUUUGAUGCUCCGUGCAAAUAUACACAAUUUUCGAUUUUC